AUGUCAAGUAGUAAUGAUUUAAGUAAUGUACUUAAUAAAAACCAAUCAACAUUAUUUAAAGAGAUAAAGGGAUUAACAUUCUCACCAAAGACAUAUGAAAAAUAUAAUGAACUUUUAGAACAAUACACAAUUUCUGGUUAUCCAUCAAGUCAUUUAUUAAUAUUAAAGGAACAAACAAGAACAUUAAAUGAUAAGAAUUUAACAAAAAUGAUUUCAUCAUUAAAAAAUUAUUAUGAAAAUAUAUCUCCUUCAAUGAAAAAAUCACUUGAACCUAUUUUUCUUGAAACACUUCAAAGUAUUGAACGAUUUUGUCAAAGACAAUGUUCAUUAUUAGAUAAAUUAACAGAUUUAGUAUGUUUUUUGUUAAAUAAAGUGCCAUGUGGAGUAUUAUCACCAUAUCAUGCAUUAUUAGCACAUAUUCUUUUUGCAAAAAAAGAAUAUGAACAUGGUCAAGUAUUAUAUUUAACAAAAUAUCAUAAAGUUCAACAACCAAUGAAUUCUUUCACUCUUCAAUUAUUCUUAUAUUAUUCAGGAUGUAUUGCUUUGUAUAACCAUGAUCUUCAAUCAGCUUAUUUCCUUUUUGAUCAAUGUAUUACAACACCAUCAAAAGAGAUAACUCCACAAUGUAUUGCAGCAUGGAAAAAAGAGUCAUUACUUUCUCUUAUACUAAACUAUAGUCCAUAUCCUAUUUCAAGACAGUUAAAUUACUUUACUAAUUUAUAUAGACCAGUACUUGCUUAUAAAGAAAUUCAAGAAAAUUUCAUUAAUGGACCAGAAAAAGUUAAAUUUCUUAUUGAAACAUUUUCUUUAGUACUUAAACAAGAUGGUAAUUUAGGAUUAGCUAAACAAAUUCUUGUUUCAUAUAUUUAUUUAGGAAUUAAUAAGGUUUCUAAAGCAUUUAAUUCAAUUAUGAUUGAAACAUUAGCAAAAAGAAUUCAUUAUGAAAAAAAUCAAUUAAAAGUACAAUUGAAUAAAUUAAUACAAAAAGGAUUAAUCAAAGCACAAUUUGAUGGUGAUAUUAUAAUAUUUGAAGAAGUAAAAGUUAAAGAUCAAGAACUUGUUGGAUUACUUUUCCAAUUAAAAGAAUGUGAACAAAUUUAUGAAGAAAUGAAACAUCAUUUAACAAUUAGAGAAGAAGAAAAAGGGAAUUUGAAAGAACCAAUUAAUUAA